AUGGCAGGCCGCAGAACGAUGCAACCUUGUGUGUAUCGGAGCUCGGCUGAUCUGGGGUCUUUUAGAUACGAAAAGGAAUUCGAUUCCGUCCAGGAUGUUUUCGAGCUACAGCGAAACUUGAACAACGCCUUUGCCUACGAUCUGGUUCCUUCGCCCGGAGUGGUCACAGCUGCCCUAAAAGCUGCGAGACGUGUCAACGAUUACCCUACUGCUGUGAGGAUAUUCGAAGGCAUCAAGGCAAAGGUCGAGAACGCGCAACAAUACCAAGAGUACCUGGAUGAGCUGAAGCCCCUGCGUGAAGAGCUGGGUAUCAAUCUGAAGGAGGAUCUGUACCCUGAUAACAGUGACAGCCCAUACUACAAUCCAUGA